AUGGGCUCCGCCUUAAACAAGGGCCUAGUAUCAGGAUCCGUUGAUGCCUCUUUGGAUGAGAUUGAGGCCAAAUCGACGACAUCAUUAUUUCCGCCUGGCGAUAUUACUAUUGGGCCAUUUUCUGUCCUCAGUUUCUCCCAAUCAUCUUCCGCUAAUCUACAUGGCGCACCUGUCGGCGAUCCUACGGAGAGGGCAACUGAUCAGUUCCAGAGGGGAAUUUUCAGCGAUAGUAUACAUCCGUAUCAGACACCCCUGCCGCCAGGGGAGUUCCCGGGGUUGGAAGAUGACUUACUUCAGUGGACGGACAUAUUCGGUCUGAAUGAUAACCUGUUCGGGAUCACAUCCAAUGUUUCGGUCGCGUCAAGGAGUUAUCAUGACAACCCCGCUUCUUCCCAAUGGCUUACUUCAGAAAACGAGAUAUACAAUACUUCUUUUCCAAUAGAUCUGGAUUCAAUUCAAGACAUCUCUCGGGUCCACGAGGAAAGCGUUGAACAUGUUACAAGCGUUCUCCAUCCACAGAUGGCUAUGGCUAGCCCAACAAGUACCCUUGAUACAAUCGACAUCCUCAAUCACGCCUCUUUCCUUCUCAAAACUUUCCAAAAAGACGUGGUGCCACAGCUGACUGUUGUUCCUCUUGGUAUUAAAACGCCGUGGCACAUAAUUAAUAUCCCUUGCGCAAUCUUAACGCUUGCUGAUUUAACUGUCAUGGAGUCGCAAGAUGUUACGCAUGCUCGACAAGCAAAUCUAUUUAGUCUCCUUUCUUGUUCGGCAAUGUACCUUUCUGUGACGCAGUCAUUUGGAUAUGGUGAUAAUAUCUCGACGAUAAGUUGGCCACAAAUUGCGAGUCAAGCUUAUCAGGAAGCCAAAAGUCACAUGGGCAUCUCGCUGAGCGAAGAGAUCGACGGCCCAAAUAAAGCUAAGUAUAAGGACCAGCUGAUGGCUAUCUUUCUUGGACAACACCAUGACGUGCGAUUGUGGGUGAUGGGCGCUGAGCGCAUCCUUCGUCUCCGUGGAUUGGUGAAAAGCAAAACAUCACACAAAGCUCGGCUCUUGAUCAAUGUCUACUCGUGGCUGCGUAUCGUGGGUGAAAGUACAUAUCUGCUGCAUGACUUCAGCCCUUCGAAGCUGUUCCUCGACGCUCUGAGCCAUCAGAUCCGUAGCUGCGGACCGCCCAGGAAAUUAGGUAGUGUUCCUUUUACGGGACGAAACAUUCACCUGGAUGAAUUUCUUGAUCUAGAACACUCGGAUGAUGAUCUAAACAUCGAUGAGCCAAAGGACCGGAACAGAGAUAUCCCUGAUAUUCACCUCCACGACUCGAGAAAGUCGGCAGACACACUUUCAAAGCAAGCUUACGGCCUCUCGGAGACUUGGCUAAGCCUAGUCUCCCAAACCAUUCGAAUGGCCAAUGUUCUAGAAAAGUUACACUCCGCGCAAGACACAGACAUACAGGUUGACUCCAAGGUCUGGAACUUCCUGCAUAAACGAAGCAAUCGACUUGAAAAUGUCAUACAUGCAUAUAGUACUAAGAAUAAUCACCCCGAUAGCUCGGAGUGGCCGACAAUACCCUACAACCAAAUAUUGCGAGCGUUCAACGCCGCACUGAUAAUUCUCUUCUACAGACGUGUGAGGAAGGUACACCCAGGGAUUUUACAAGGCCAUGUUGAUAGCAUUAUCAAUGCUUUUCUAGCCGUGCAUGCUACUUCAUCUGAAGUAGAGCACACCGGCCCGGGGACAUUAUGGCCUAUAUUCUUGGCCGGCUGUGAGGCUACUACAAAGGAUCGACGAGAAGCUAUCUUAAAGCUAGUCGAGCUGUCAAAGAAAGGGUGCGGCCUUAGUCCUGUCGAGCUUGCCAAGAAUAUCAUGACUGAGGUCUGGAACAGACAAGAUGAACACCUGAAAGAUAAUCGCCGCGAGCCUUUCCCAGCUUGGAUGGACGUCAUCAAAGAACGAAAGCUCUGGCCGCUUUUUUGUUGA